AUGCAGUACAAGUCUCUCGCAGCCCUCCUUUUCACCAGCAUGGCCAUGGCUGCCCCAGCCGACACCAGCGAAUCUGCAGAAGACAGUCUUUCGGAUGUUAUUCCCCCGUCCAUUGCCGUGGUUCUCGCAACCGCCGUCCCAUCCUCAUUCUGGGCUGAAGCCACCAACACCGCCAAUUUCCUCUCCCAAGUCGAACAGGGCAUGGUGUCUAACUCCUGGCCAACCUGGUACAGCAGCCUCCCCGAUAGCGUGAAGGAUUAUGUCACCACUGCCGUUGGGGGCUACUAUCCUUCCUUUGCAUCAUCCAUCGCCGCCGAGAUCACCAGCUCCGGCGACAGCAGCUCUAGCCCCAGCACUGCCUCUGCAACAUCCACCGGUGCUUCUAGUUCCGACGCUUCUAGCUCUGAUGCGUCGUCUUCUGACGCUUCGUCCUCUACCGAUUCUACUUCUACGGAUUCAUCUUCCUCCUCCACUGCCACUGGCUCGGACGCUGCUUCGUCCUCGGCCUCGGCUUCGGCGUCCGGAUCUGCUGCAUCCACCACUGCCGAUGGUGCUGCAGCUCCUACAGGUAUCGCUAUAAGCCUUGCUGGCGCCGCUGGUGUUCUGGGUCUUGCUCUCGCCCUGUAA